GGACUUUUGACUUGCAUUGAAAUUGGUCCUGUCUCGGCUUAUUCAGACGCCAGGCAUAGAUCGUGGACAGUAGCGUCUGACCUUUGGUCAAGAGCGCCGCUUUCGCAUUGCUUCAGAUAGAUUACGCCUCAGAACCGCCGUCAUGGGUAACAUUGUUCAGGUGCUGCGUCGCGAUGCGCAGACGCUGGACAAGGACAUUUUUGUCGACUUUGAAAAGGCCUCACCUUCAGAUGCUGAGUUGGAGACCUACGAAAAAGUCAACGCCGUCCUCUCCAAGGCCGAUGGCAUCCUCAAAGAUCUGGAGACCUACGAAGGGGCCGGCGAUCCGAUUCGCAAGGCCAUCUCCAACGGCUCUGACGAAGAGCUGCAAAAGCAGGCAUGGGAUGCCGUUUCACCACUCGUGGCCCUCCUGAAGGACUUUUACAUCUUCUCCUCGGAAGUCGAGAGCGUGCUUCCGUUCCUGCUCGAAGCUCUGUGCACCGAGGCUCCGGCCACCGAGGCGCUCGAGGGCAAGCAGGCCCUUGCCAAGCAGUUUGCAGAAAUUUUGCAAUUUGUUCUCAAGUUUGACGACUUGAAGAUGAACAACCCCGCUGUGCAGAACGAUUUUAGCUACUACCGUCGCACCAUUAGCCGCAUGAAGAUGAAGAACCCGGGAGAGGAGGAGGAAGCCGUGGUGAGCAACGAGGAGGCCAACCGCAUGUCGUUGUUUUACGCAUACCCCACUCCCAUGCUUAAAACGGUCAGCGAUGCAACGACCAAGUUUGUCUCGGAGAACCACGAGAUCCCGGUGGAGAACACGACCGACUUUCUGGCCACACUCGCCACCAUUUGCCGUGUCAUGAUCGAGUCCCCGGACAUCUACAGCCGCUUUGAGAAGCCUGACACGGUCACGUUCUGCCAGAGGGUAAUGGUCGGAGCCAUUAUCCUUUACGACCAUGUGCAUCUGGUUGGCGCCUUCUCCAAGAAGAAUCAGUCAAUAGACAUUCGUGCAUCGCUCAAGGCCCUGAAAAUGCACGAGAACCCACAUCUAGAGAAUUUGCUGAAUGCGCUGCGCUUCUCAACCAAGCAUCUGAGUGAUGACUCGACGCCCAAGGACAUCAAGAAAUUAUUAAAUGUUUAAUCUGUCAACAAGAUGUUUGGCGUGCACUCUUCUUGCUUCGCCGACACUUUUAUCCUGUACCCCA